GGCGCGUUGCCGUGGAGACUGGCUGGCCGAGGUGGAGCCGGCUGCCGCGCGCUGAGCUGAUUCUACUUCUCCGCCAGGACUCAUGUGGCCCCCGCGUGAUCGCGGGGCGGGUAACGGGGUAAGACCCGGCGGGGCAGCUCCAGGGAACCGAGACGAGACCGGGGUUUCCAGAAGACCCGGCACAGCGGAUUCCUCCCCGCGAGGAGGGACCAUUGCUAUGGAAACCAGAGCGCUGGGCAGCGGGGGAUUGUGGCUCCCAGAUGGUGACCGAUCUUCUGUCUCCCCGAGACCCUCACCCGAGGCUUCGGGCGCGAUUGAUUUCUGAACGAACCUGCCCUCCCGCCCACGGGAGAGAGUUUUCCAUGGCACAACCCAACAGAAAGAUGUAGCCUUUGUGCCUCUCUGGCCUCUGACCCCCUGGCCCGAUGACAGCACCCCCGUGUCCCUUUCCGGUUCAGUUCCGGCAGCCCUCGGUCAGCGGCCUCUCCCAGAUCACCAGCAGCCUGUACAUCAGCAAUGGGGCAGCUGCCAACAACAAGCUCCUGCUCACCAGCAACCAGAUCACCACGGUCAUCAACGUCUCGGUCGAAGUGGUAAAUACCUUAUACGAGGACAUCCAGUACAUACAGGUACCUGUGGCCGACACCCCCACCUCGCGUCUUUGUGACUUCUUUGAUCCCAUUGCUAACCACAUCCACAGCGUGGAGGUGAAGCAGGGCCGCACACUGCUGCAUUGUGCCGCUGGAGUGAGCCGCUCUGCCGCACUCUGCCUCGCCUACCUCAUGAAGUACCACGCCAUGUCCCUGCGGGACGCCCACGCAUGGACCAGGUCAUGCCGGCCCAUCAUCCGGCCCAACCAUGGCUUCUGGGAGCAGCUCGUCCACUACGAGUUCCAGCUGUUCGGCAAGAACACCGUGCACAUGGUCAGCUCCCCGAUGGGAGUGAUUCCUGACAUCUACGAGAAGGAGGUCUGUUUGAUGAUUCCUCUGUGAGCCAUCCUGCCAGCCCCCCACACUCAGGUCAGGGGUGCAGAUCUGCUGUGGACCCUCCACCCAGACCUGAAUGUAAACAUUUCACUUCUGCUGAUACAGAAAAAAAACAGAUGAGGCCUUUCAUAAGGGCCAGGAAAAAAAGGAAAGGUGCUGUAGCUUUUAAUCUUAUUAUCCCUAUCUUCAAAGAUUAACUCCACUAACCAUACAGGGGUGCAGAGAAGUUUCCUACCCUUGUGAGUGACAGGUCAUGGCUGCUGGCCAGAGGGGAAGAGUGAGGCAAGUGCCCAGGCCAGAUAGACUAGCACCUAAAGCAUUUGGCAAGCCUGGAAUCCUGCUGCCCUCGCCCAUACCGACUAACCCAGGAAUGAGUCAGCCACAGUUCCAUUAAAUUCUUUUAAACCCAAAGCCAGAGCCUUAAGCAUCGUGGCGUCACAGUAAGUGGGCCAACCCACUAGGUAAGUGGCCUUUGGGUGGUGCUCUGGGAGUCUUGGGGGCCCAGGCCAACCCUGCUUCCACCUUCGACCCACAGGGCUCCAACUCUGGUUUUCUGGAUGGGAUUUACACAUGACAUAGUUUGCAAAGAAAGCAUUCCACAGUAUAAGAAUUUUUUAAAAAAUAGUUUCGAUUUUGAGUGCUGUGGUACAUGGCAAGGUCUCAAAGUACCCUUGGCAGUCCCCUGCCAGCCCUUGACGGAAGGUGGCAUUAGCUUCCUUCUGGGGGGCACAUGUGGAGAGCAGGCCUGAUGUCAGGUUUCAGGCAUUCCUCUCCCAGGUACUGAUUUGCAAGGCUAGAGCUGCAGACCAGAACCUGGCCUUGUCACCUCCUCCCCAUGGGAUUCAGACUUCUUGGUGCCUCAGCUUUCUCAUCUGUCCAAGCAAUGACAGCCCUUUCUGGAAAUCACAGCAUUGCCAUGGAGGUUCAAAGAUCCCUAACACGGGGCCUGGCACAGGGUAGGUGCUUAGGGUAGCAACUUUUGACACGAAUGAUGCUUUGGCCCUGCUGGCCUGGGUCAGUGUGGUCAUCCUCACGAUGGCAUUUCCCCACAUUUGUGCACAGCCCUUCACUUGUUUACAAAGUGCUCUUCCAAAAAGUCAUCCUGUGGGGGGAAAAUGUGGUUUAAAGGCUUUUCAGACCCUACCUUAGAAGAGGCCUGGACUUUUUAGCCUUUUCAGAGUUUAUAUUGUGUUUAAUCCACGAAUGACUGGGGGUCCUAGAGCGAGGAGCACACUUCCAGCUUCCCCCAAAAGGCCUUGUUUAGAUUGCUGACCAUUAAUGCCAGUGCUGGCUAACCUCUGGGGUCCAUGGGAACAAAUGAAUGGGCCCCACCUAUAAGCCCAGAAAUCCAGGAUUUUUCAACCCCCCCCCCCCCAGGGGCUUGAGGCCUGACUCAAGACCAACUAAUCUAAUCCAGAGGUUUUCAGACCAACAAUAUAUGAGACAGACAAAAGCACAACAGCUCUGGGAGUCCAGAGCCCAGUGGAAGCCAAAUGCCUUCUCCCUCCAAACCUAUCCCAUCCCCACUUCCAUAAAGGGCAUGCCCAGGGGUGUGAUUUUAGGGUGCAAGGGAGAAGGAAAAUCCCUGCUUUAGACUUCUUGUUUUACAGGUGAAUAAACAGACCCACAAACAACAGGGCUGGUGCAAAGCAGCCUUUCUGGAAGAAACCCAGAUGGAAAAUUUCUUUCAUAGUCUUUUCAAAGAGAAAUUGGUUGGGACAUAUUUUAACUUCAUUUUUAAAAAUUUUGAAUUAACAUACCAUAAAAUUAACUUUUUUGUAUGUACAGUUCUGUUUUAACACAUUUGUGUAACUACCUCUGCAAUCAGGGCACAGGGCAGUUCCAUCACCCACAAAAUUAUGCCACCCGUUUGUAUUCAAACGUCUGCCCUGCCCCAGGCCUCUGGCACAUACCAAACUGAUCUCUGUUCCUAUAAAUUUGCCUUUUCCAGAACGGCACAUACAUAGCAUCAUAGAAGAUGUAACUUCUGGAUGUAACUGGCUGCUUUCACUAUGUCUUUGAGAAUCAUACCUUUUACUUUUUAUAGCUAAGCAGUGUUCCAUUGUAUGGAUAACCACAGUUCAUUUUAAUAUUCACCCAUUGAAGGAUAUUUGGGUGGUUCCCAGUUUGGGAAAAUUUUAAAUAAAACUGCUACAAACAUUUGUACAUAGGUUUUUAUGUGAACAUAAGUUUUCAUUUAUCUAGGGUAUAUGCCUAAAAAGUGGGAUUGAUCUGUUGGUUAUAUGGUAAAGGUUCUGUUUAACUUUAUGAAAAACUACCAGACUUCCAGAGUGCCUGUAUGUUUUGCAUCCUACUAUGAAAGAUCCACUUUCUCACUGGUAUUUGGUACUGCCAAUAUUUUUUAUUUUAGCCAUUCUGAUAGGUGUGUGGUAUCAGUUCAUUGUGGUUUUAAAUUGCAUUUUCCUAAUGGUUAAUGAUGCUGAGCAUCUUUUUUGUGUGGUUCAUUGCCUUCUACAUACCCUCUUUGGUGAAGUGUCUGUUCAACUCUUUUGUCCAUUUUAAAAUUAGGCUGUUUUCUUACUCUUGAGUGUUAAGAGCACUUUAUACAUUCUGGAUACAGGUCCUUUGUCAGAUACAGAUUUGUAAAUAUUUUUUCCCAGUCUAGCUUGUCUUUUCAUUUCUCUUAGAAGUAUUUUUUACAGAGCAAAGUUUUUAAUUUUGAUGAAGAGCAACUUGCCAGUUUUUCUUCUUAUGGACUGUUCUUCAUAUCUGUAAAGUUUCGCAGGUGAGGUAAACACACCAGAUGAGGUAGGUGCAAGGCAAGAUUUAUUAAAGGCACUCUCCAGGGAAGUUUCAGGGCUCUGGAGAAGGGGAGCCAGGAAAGUCAUACCGGGAGGAAGUGGGCACUCUCCUGCGAGGUUCUGCAACUCGGAAAAGGGGAGGUGAGGAAGUGGAAGUCGAACUGGGUGGGUGUCAGGCGGGGGUCUUUUAUCAGGCCAAGGCAGAGCAUGGGCUCACAUCCAUAUAUGGUAAGGUAUUUGGUGACCAGAGGGUAUGGGGUAAGGGCUCUUGAAACUCCUAUUUCCUGCAUAGGUAUUGGGUUACCUAUUGAGAGUGACCCUUUUGGCAGGAGGGUCAAGGGUUAAGGAAAGGCGGGGAGGGGGCUAGAAGAUGGAGGCCCCUGCGGUUAUUUCUGUUGUUCCUCCUGCAUUCCCGGAAACGCUGACCCAACAAUAUCUGUGGACUCUACUUCAUAUCUAAGAACUCUUUGCCUAACCCCAGAGCACAAAGAUUCUCUCCAAUGUUAAGAUUUGAGGGUCAAAAUUUUUCACUUAUUUUUAUGAUCCUUUGGUAUAAGGUGUGAAUAUUAGUUUGAGACUCAUAUUUUUUCAUAUAGAUGUCUAAUGGUUUCAACUACAUUUGUUGAGUCCUUUAUUGAGCUGCCUUGCUUCUUUCUGUAGGACUGUUUUGGACUCUUUAUUCUGUGUGAUAUUCUCUGUGUCUUUUUCUCUUCACCAAUCCCACACUAUCUUGAUUACCUUGGCAUUAUAGUAAAUUUUAAAGUCAGAUAGUGAGUCCUCCAAUUUUCUUUUUAAAAGGAUUGUUUGGGUUAUUCUACUUUCUUUGUCUUUCACAUAAAUUUUAGAACCAACUUGUCUGUAACAGCAACAACAAAUAUAAACUCCUACUGGGAUUUCAAUUCAAAGUGUAUUAAAUCUUUUGUCCAGUUUGGGGGAGAACUGCCACCUUUACUCUGUUGAAUCUUCCAAUCCAUGAAUAUAGUAUAUCUCCCCAUUGAGUUAGGUCUUUGAUGUCUUUCAUCAGUGUUUUGUGGUUUUCAGCAUAUAAAUCUUAAUGUAUUAUACUGUAUUUAUUCCUAAGUAUUUCAGUUGAGGGAGAGCACUGUGAAAAAUAAUUUUGAUGUUGGUUUCCAAUCGUUGGUUGUUGGUAUUAUAUAGAAAUGUAAUUGAUUUUUGUGUAUUGACUUUGUAUCCUGUGACCCUGCUAAGAGCAUUUUUGUAGAAUCCUUGGCAAUCUACAUAUAGACAAUCUUGUCGUGUGCAAAUAGAAAUAGUUUUAUUUCUUCCUUUCCAAUCAGAAUGUCUUUGAUUUAUUAUUUUAUUACACUGGCUAUGACUUCCAGUAUGAUGAUGAAUAUGAAUGAUGAAAAUGGACAUUCUUGCUUUAUUCUUGAUCUUAGAAAGUGUUCCAUCUUUUACCAUUGAUUGUGAUGUUAACUAUAGGCUUUUUGUAGUUAAGGAAGCCCUUUAUUAAGGCAGUUAGGGAAGAGUAAGAAAGUAUUUUCUCCCCUUCUAUUUCCUGUAAGAGAUGUGUGAAUUGGUGUUAUUUUUCCUUUAAAUGUUUGGUAGAAUUCACCAGUGAAGCCGUUGGGACCUGGACACUUCUUUUUCAUAAGGAUUUAACAAUGAAUUCAAUUCUUCUAAUAGUUAAAAUGACUAAGUUAUCUAUUUCAUCUUGGAUGAGUUUUGGUACUUUGUGAAUUUUCAGGAAUAGUGUCAUUUCAUCCAGGUUGUCAAAUAUAUGCACAUAGAGUUAUUUAUAGUAUUCCUUAUUAUCUUAAUUAUCUGCAGGGUCCACAGAAAUAUCUUUUCAUUCUUAAUGAUGAUAAUUUGUCUUCUCUCUUUAUUUCUUUGUUAGUUUGUCUACAGGUUUACUAGUUUUUAAAAUCUUUUUAAACAAUUACCUACCAUGUUUUUUAUUUUCUCUAUUGUUCUUCCCUUCCCUACUUCAUUGAUUUCUGUUCUUUAUUUUUUUUCAGUUCUGCUUGUUUCAAAUGUAUCUUGUUCUCUUUUCUAAUUUCAUAAGGUAGAAACUUAGAUUAUUGAUUUUAGACCUGCCUCCCACAAAUUUUUAUAUACUGCAUUUUCAUUUUUGUUCAUUUCAGAAUGUUUUCUAAUUUCUCUUGAAAUGUUCUCCUUUACCCAUGUAUUACGUAGAAGUGUAUAGUUUAAUUUCUAAGUAUUGUAAAUUUUACCACUAGUUCUCUGUUACUGGUUUCUAUUUAAUUACAUCAUGAUCAGAGGACAUAAGUUGUAUGAUUUUAUUUCUUUAAAUUUGUUAAUGUUAACUUUACCAUGUAGGAUGUGGUCUAUCUUGGUGAACGUUUCAUGUGCACUUGAGGAAAAAAACAUCAUUUUGGAUAGGGUGGUCAAUAAAAAUCAGUUUAUUGAUUGAUGA